UCGGACACAUCCGAUUUAUAGACUACGGUAUAUGCCGUCGUUUCGGUAUUUUCAUUAAUCGAAAGAAAAACAAAAAAAGAAAAAACGCCAAAUCAAGUGAAUUGUGAAUGGUGUAUUUUUGGAUAAUAGAAAAAGAAUUCAGAAUUCAACCAAAAAAUAAAAAUAUUUGAGUUGUUCUUUGUUUUUGCAUUCUUGUGUUAGAGUAUGUAUACAAGGUGUUUGUAUUUGUGAAUGUUUGUGCGUUUGUUAUCUACCCAAAACCACAUGGGAAAUUACAAUUAAGGUCUUAUUGGCGCCAAUUCAAAGAAUACAAAGAAUUGUCUGGAAUGUGGAAAAAGUUUUUUUACCAAAUUUAAAAAAAAAAAAUGUGCCAACUUCCAAGUGUCUCAAAGCGAAAGCCACAUAUUUCUGUAUCGGUGCUAAGUGUUGUCAAAUAUUAAACAAAAAUCGAAAAGAAAAAAUUUUUUUAAACAUCAAAAGCCCGUACACAUUUCUGUGUUAAGAUGUUCAUUUGAACGUGUUCUUUAAAGCAAUAACUCAUCCAGGGCGGCCAGCGGAAAGCAUAAUAAAGAGAACUUUUUGCUGAAAACAAAAACAAACCUCAUCAUAAGCAACAACAAAGAAUUUCCUUACGCCAUCAAAUCAGUCGGAAAGAGAAAUAAUAACAGCAAUGUCUAGCAAAGCAGCCAAGAAAUCAAUUUGUAAUGCAAUUUAAAAUUCCUUAAAGUGUCAAAAAAAUACAUAACAACGAUAGCAAUGAGUGAUAAAUUUAAGCAUUAAGUGCUACAAAUAUUUCUUAGAAAAAUUGACCCAACAAGUAAAUCCAACACUAAAUAUACUCCAGAACGCCCAACAUUGUACAACUUCUCACAUUAUACAACGCUCCAGCAAAACAUCCUCAAUCUUCAAAUACUCGCUCAUUGGUAUACCGUUUUCCAGCCAAUAUUAUACCACUUCAUAGCUGUGUCAAAUUAACUGCACCAAAAUAGGUACACGUUUGCGAGAACAUCGUGAAAAUAAAACCAAUAUGAUUUAUAUCGAUGAUUCAGAACCGGAAGGUGAAUUGGAACCUGCGUUUCCCUACCGUGAUGUCACCAUACAAAGGGAUGUGGAUGCCCAUAAAUUAUACGAUAUAUUAGGAGAAGUUGGGCGGGGCAAAUUUGGUGUAGUUUACAAAUGUCAAGACAAAAGCAAUGGCCUCAAAUUGGCUGCUAAAUUCGUUCCCAUACCCAAGCGUGAGGAUCGACGCAAUGUUGAAAGAGAAGUGGAGAUUAUGAAUUCCCUGCAGCAUCAUUUGAUCACACAGCUGUAUGCUGCCUAUGAAUAUCAAAAAAUGAUGUGUGUGGUGCAAGAAUUAGUAGAAGGCGGUGAACUUUUUGAUCGUGUGGUCGAAGAUGAAUUUGUCCUUACCGAACGUGUUUGUGUGGUUUUCAUACGCCAAGUGUGUGAAGCCAUGGAGUUUAUACAUCGCAACAAUAUCCUGCAUCUUGAUUUGAAGCCUGAGAAUAUAUUGUGCCUAACCCAAGAGGGCAACCGCAUCAAAAUCAUUGAUUUUGGUUUGGCAAGAAAAUUUGAUCCAGACAAGAAAUUACAGAUCCUUUUUGGUACCCCGGAAUUUGUGGCUCCCGAAGUUGUUAACUUUGAUUGCAUCUCUUAUGGCACAGAUAUGUGGAGUGUGGGUGUCAUUACAUAUGUACUCAUUUCUGGACUUUCGCCAUUUAUGGGGGAAACGGACAUCGACACCAUGGCCAAUGUUACCAUAGCCAAAUAUGAUUUUGAGGAUGAAUCCUUUAGCAGUGUUUCACCCGAGUGCAUUGACUUUAUAUCGAAGUUAUUGGUAAAAGACUUAAAUACCCGCAUGACCGCCGAACAAUGCCUAAAACACAAAUGGCUGCAAAGACGUUCAAAAACUCCGCCUAAAAUUUUACCCAAGCCUUUAAAUGUACCACCGGUAUCAUUAAAAGCCACCACACCUUCGCCUAUACCACCCAGUAUCGAUGGGGAUCACACUUCAGAAACUUCGGGUGAUAAUGAAGACAAUGAAGACAUAACAGGGACAAAAGAACUGGAUACAACAAAGGAUAAUUUGAAAAAUUUCAUAGAACGCUGGGAGGAACAUCCAAACAGCCCUUAUGUUUUCGAUGUCGAGGGAAAUGUUAUAGCACCGCUCAGCGAGACAGAAUACAAAAAGGCUCAUGCUCCCGACAGCAUAUCAUCGUCAAGAGUCUGCUCACCUUCACCCUGCGAAUCCUUGGACACCGUUACCGAUGAUGAAUCCUGUUUGCCCAACUUACACGACAACGAUGAGCCACCGACCCCCAUUAAUGAGUCCCGCGAACAUUUAUUCCCCUUCUCGCCCAGUGGGGCCGCUACGCCCACACCACAAAACAUUAACAAUCCCUUUGGUAUACGCUUUGAUGAUUUUAAUGGCAGUCCCAUGAAUUCGCAACAGCGCUCUCUGAAAUCCUAUCUUCAUACAUUCGAUCGCCGCAACUCGGAUACCAACUACCUGCUGGGCAGAAGAUCUUCAGGAGAACGUGUUAACUUGGCCGAUGAGAUUAAAAAGCUGUCAGAUCAUUUGCUAAUGUUGGCCCAAAUCAAUACGAAACUGAAUAAAGAAGCCGAAAAGGAGAAGGACAGUGAGACGGAGAAAAAGGAUAAAGAGAAGAAGCCCAAGACUAAGAAGCCCAAAGAAGCCGCAGGGGUGGGUGAAAAGAAAACUACAGCAAAGAUGGCGGACACUAACAAGGUCGUAAAAGACACAGCAGCCAAGACAUCGGCCAAAGUUUCCAAAGCUUCGACUGCUACAACAGCUACUACUACCUCAAGCAAAACUAUAGCAAGUACAUCGUCCCAGGUUACAUCAGAGGCCAAAUCGUCAACAACAACAACAACCACAACAGCCUGCACCACCAAUAGCUUCUUCAAUAAUCUCAAUCCGGGCAAAAGUCGAACCAGCAACUUGUCGUGGCGCUUGCAGAAAACCAUCGAUGAUACACCUAAAUUGAGUGCAACAGCGGCAGCGGCGCCCACCCCUAUGCCCAGAAAAUCUUCCGUUACCACCAUGACAACUGGUAAUGCCCAAAGUUCAGCGGAAAGAUUUCAGGAGGCGGCCAGCAUAAAACGUGCCAAAUUCCGCAUCAAUCAAAUGAGCCGCGAUGUCCCUGUGGGUUUGCCCAACACGCAUCAGCCCGUCAAUCUGGAAGAGGCAGCCAACAAUACCAAAGAUUGUCUACUCCAUUUGCUGGAGAAAUACAAUGAGUCCAAGACUCGCAAUCCCUUGGGACGCCACCAGAGUAUUGGGGCCAUUGACUGGAAUGUCAGUGACAAUUUGGAAUAUCGUUCCAUGAGCUCCAUCAAUGCCUUCUUCCAGCGGCACAAUAACAAUGGCAAUAUGGUUAAGCAAUUGCAGGCCCAACUUAAGGAGAAGAGUGGUUCUGGUGGUGGUGGUGUUGAUGAGUAGAAAAUGUAAAUUUUAGAAGUCAUAGCAGAAGUAUGAACUCUGAUAUUAUUAUUCGUAUGAAAAAUAAAAAAUUAAAUUUUCUUUUUAAUUGCCCCACCCUUAAUACUCGCAUAAACCAUUUUCAAAAAAAAGAAACCUUAAAGAGUUUAUAAAAAACAAGCUUCCAUGGAUGGCAGAGGAGCUAUUUGUCAGUUUCUUAAAUAUUUUUUUGUAAUCUUCCUGUCUCCAUCUAAGGCAGUAAACUUUCUUCAUUAGUUUAUGCUAUAAACUUAGUUAAAAUUCUUUGAUUAUGGGACGUUGUACUUAUAUAUUAUGUAACGAAAAAAAAACUUUAAAAUAUA